CCCCGCACCGCGUCCCGCACCCAGGGCUAUGGGGGGCCGCCCAGCCCGCCUCGCAUCCCACUAGAGAGACUUCCACGCAGCGGGAGAGGAGAGGCCGCGGGCCGGCUGUCCGGGCGAGAUGGUGUCGUGGAUCAUUUCUCGGAUAGUUGUCCUUGCCUUUGGGACCCUUUACCCAGCGUACUCCUCGUAUAAAGCUGUAAAAACGAAGAAUGUGAAGGAAUAUGUGAAGUGGAUGAUGUACUGGAUAGUGUUUGCACUGUUCACCACGGCGGAGACGGCCACAGAUCUGCUGCUGUCAUGGUUUCCGUUUUACUUUGAGCUGAAGAUCGCCUUUGUGAUCUGGCUCCUGUCGCCGUACACCAAGGGCUCCAGUGUCCUCUACCGCAAGUUCGUUCACCCGACCCUGUCCAACAAAGAGAGGGAGAUCGACGAGUACAUCGCCCAGGCCAAAGACAGGAGCUAUGAGACCAUGAUGAAGUUCGGGAAGCGGGGCCUCAACCUGGCUGCCAACGCCGCCGUCACCGCUGCCACGAAGGGACAGGGCGUGUUGUCGGACAAGCUGAGGAGCUUCAGCAUGCAGGACCUGACUCUCAUCAACGCAGAGGACGAGCUGGCUCUGCACGCCUCGGACGGCCGCGUGCGGCGGGACGCCAUGGACGACAUGAGCUCUGGAGCCAGCACGCUGCCCCGGGCCAAGAGCGCCGCCACACGGCAGACUCGCUCGUUGGCGGCGGCGGCGCUCGCCGACGAGACGUCGUCGCAGCACAGCUCCGACCAGUCAGACGCGAGGACCGAGCACUCCGACGAGGAAGUGGGGGAGAGAGCCCCCAAACGUGCCGCCGCCACCGCCGCCGCCGCAAAGGCAACCAAGAAACCCGCUGCUGCAAAGACAGAGACUCAGACCAAGCCAGUGAAGAAGGCGGUGAAGAAGAAGACCACCACGAGUAACGCAGAGACCCCCCCAUGAGUCCUGCUGCUCUCCUCCACCGGCCUCCGCUCGCUCCACCCACAGCCUGCCGUCCCCUCCGCCCUGUUUGGCCUCCACACGAACGCAAAACACUAAACUGGGUCACUCCGCUGGUUUUCAGAGCCAAACAGUCGUUUUUAGUUUUUCACCUGCUGGACUGGGAGAGUUUAGGUUUGCUUGCUGAAGAUUAAUGGGCUUCAUGGAGACUUGUUCCAGAAGAGCCCGUAGUCUGACUCUGUGAUUUCGUGGCGAGGCUGUCUUUAGUUGAAGUUAAAUCCACCCUUGGAAAAUGAAAAUGUUGUUCUCUAAUUAGGUUUUGGAGCAUCUGUCAACCAGAAGAGGUGGCGUUCUGUGUUCUGUGUUCUCUCUGGACAUCCUUCACCUGCCACUCAGGAACAACCACUUCCUCACUGAUGCCGCCGCCGCCGUCUCAUUUUCCACUUGUCUGUUUAUGGUGUACUUUAUUUUAAAUGGAGCCGUUUUUAAGCCUCGUUCUCU